AUGAUGAUUGAUUAUUCAAAUAAAGUAUGUUUAGCACCUAUGGUUCGCAGCGGUGAAUUACCAAUGAGAUUAUUUGCACUUAAAAAUAAUUGUGAUUUAGUAUGGACACCAGAAUACAUUGAUAAAAAAAUCAUAACUACAAAAAGAAUAGAAAAUAAAGAAUUAGGUACAAUAGAUUACAUAACUAGGUCAAGUAAUAAUACAACUGAUGUAGUAGUAUUUAGAAAACAUCCUUUAGAAACAGGGAAAUUAAUAUUUCAAAUGGGUUCUUCUGAUCCUUCAAUAGCUGUAGAUGCAGCAUUGCAUGUAAUUCAAGAUGUUGAUGGUAUUGAUUUAAAUUGUGGAUGUCCAAAACAUUUUUCGAUUCAUUCGAAAAUGGGAGCUGAAUUAUUGAAAGAUCCAGAAUUAUUAUGCUCAAUUUUAAUUAAUUUAGUUGAAAAAGUAGGAAAACCAAAUAAUAAACCAAUAAGUGCAAAGAUUAGAUUAUUACCAAAUUUUGAAAAGACAAAAGGUUUAAUUGAGAAAAUUUUAUCUACUGGUAUUUCAAAUUUGACAAUACAUUGUAGAACACCAAUUAUGAGAAAUAGACAAGAUCCAAUAUGGAAUUAUUUACCUAAAUUAAUACCAAUGAUACAAGAUUUAGGUGUGAAUUUAAUACUUAAUGGGAAUUUUCAAAGUAGGGACGAUUUAAAGUCUGUUCAAGAAGCAUUGAAGAAUUUUAAAUUGUCAAUUAUGAUAGCUGAAGCUGUUGAAGCAAAUCCAUCAAUUUUAUCUAGCACACCAAAAGUUCAAAAAUUUAAUGUUGCAGAAAUUGCAGAGUUGGGAAUGAAGUAUUUACAUUUCUCAGGUGCUAAAUUUAUGAUUCUUAAUAUGAUACCUGGUAAGUCGAAAUGGUAUCAAGAAUUAAGUAGGUUGAAAAAUUGGGAUGAUAUGAUGAAGAAAAUAGAUGAAAUGAUUAAUGAUAAUGAUACAAACGAUAAGAUUAAUUUUAUAAUGAAUAAAAAUAAUCAAAAGGUGAAUUUAUUAAAUGUUGAGGAGUUUAAAAAAUUGAUGAGGCAAAGAGGUGAGUUAAUGAAACUAUUUAAUGAUAAAUGGGAUGAAGAAAAAAUGUUAGAUGAUUUGAAUGAUGCAUUACCUGAAAAUAACAAGGAACAACAAAAGCAAAAACAAAAAGGUAAGAAAAACAAGAAGAACAAGAAAGCUAAUCAAAAUGGAAAUCAAAAGGAGGAAGAAAAGAUUAAGACAGAAGACCAAUCAGCUAAUUCACAUCAAGCGGAAGCUAUAUCAAAGCAAGUUAAAGCUGAAAAGAGUUCAAAAGAAGCUGUUACCGAUACUGAACACACAGUAGUUGAUAAUGAAAAUGACUCAACUACUAAGAAACACAACCCAUUAGAUACAAUUACAAAUGAAAAUGAACCUAAUAGAAAGAAAGUAAAGGUAAAUUAA